CCCAGUAUUUCAUAUCUGGCUUACCACCGUAAAAAAAACAGUGAUGCUGGAGCAGCAAUGGACCAGAAGCUUGGAGUUUGUGCGCAGACAUGGGGAAUAAACAGACCAUUUUUACAACACAGCAGCUAGAUGCCUAUCAGGACUGCACAUAUUUUACAAGAAAGGAAAUUCUCAGACUGUUCUACCGCUAUCGGGAUUUGGCACCGCAGCUCGUUCCUCUUGACUACACCAACCACCCAGAUGUGAAGUUACCAUAUGAGCUGAUUGGCAGCAUGCCGGAGCUGAAGGACAACCCAUUUCGCCAGAGGAUCGCCGAGGUUUUCUCCGAGGAUGGAGAGGGAAACAUGACUCUGGACGACUUCUUGGACAUGUUUUCAGUUCUCAGUGAGAUGGCUCCUCGAGAUCUCAAAGCCUACUAUGCUUUCAAAAUAUAUGAUUUCAACAAUGACGACUUUAUCUGCAAGUCAGACCUGGAGAAGACCCUGAACAAGCUGACUCGUAACGAGCUGACAGAAGAUGAGGUGAGGAUGGUGUGUGAGAAGGUGAUGGAUGAGGCCGACCUGGACAACGAUGGUCGUCUGUCGCUUGAGGAUUUCCAACACAUGAUUGUCAGAGCUCCAGAUUUUCUCAGCACCUUCCACAUAAGAAUAUAAGGACUUCAAGCAACUUUUUUUUUUUUUAACAUGAAAACAGCCCCAUAGGAUGGACUGAAACUGAACAUGUGAAAAGAUAAGGAAUCGCUAAAAAACUACAUUUGCACCUUGUGAAUGUCUUUUCUUUUCAAGCAACAAACUUCUAUUUUUAAGAAGUAAUCUUAACAAUCUCUGACCGCAGACAGCUUGGAUUUAUGUUUAUACUGAACCAGCAUCCACUGCUUCUUUUGCAGCCACAGAAAUAAAAGCCAUCCCAAACAGGUGGUGGCACAGCCAGUUCACUAGAAGGCUCAUUAAUUAUGACCAUCAACAGUAGAUUUGUUUUGUAUCUAAAAGGGUUUGGUUACACUGAACUAUAAUAGACACACAUGCCAGAAUAUUCCAGCAGCUCCCAGCGGGCCGAUGACGGGAGAACCAUUUGUCAUGAAAGCAGUCAAGCUUCAGCACGGGCUCAAGC